ACUGUUCUAGUUUUAAACACAGUGCCCAAUCCACCACGAACGUGCGAACGACGUCAAAAUGGUGCCUAAUUAUCUCCUCGUAUUGACCUUGGCAGUAGCCGUCAGCGCACGAACUGCAACCACAAAUCACAACAAAGUUGAAGAAGCGAGGAGUUCAGAGGACACCGUUUUGGGAGACCUUAAAGUCGCAUACGAAACAUAUAGAGAUUGCAGUGGUGGCGAUAUUGCGAACUGUCUUAAAGUCAAACUAGCCAAGUCUUUGAAUAGGAUAUCGAAGAGCGACGAAAUUUCUAUUCUAAGCGGCGUUAAGAUAACCAAGAACCACGAGGCAGCCAAAAAUGUGGAAGUUGAAGAAGCGAUUCCGAGAGGUCUUGACGAGAGCUCAUUGGACAACCUUAUCUUGGACAAAAUCGUUGGAUUCAUGCAAACUCAUACCAUCCAGGUUCAAUUCCCAACCGGUUCGGAUCUGCAGCGCGCAUUCGCUGAAGACCGUGGAAGGAGGAAGAAGUUGGCCCCCCUCCUCGCCAUCCCCCUGCUGAUCGGGGGUAUGAUGGUCCCGUUGGCAUUUGGGGCUCUCGCGUUAUUAGCUGGCAAGGCUUUGAUCGUGUCUAAGCUGGCUCUGGUCCUGGCCGGUAUCAUUGGUCUGAAGAAAUUGCUGUCAUCUAAUGGAACUGGUGAAGCUCAUGAAGUAGUGGUCUCAGCUGGUCAUGGAGGAGCUGGGUGGAGCAGGUCCCUUGAAAGUGCCCACGACCUAGCAUACAACGCUUACGCCCAAUAAAAUGACCGACACAUCAGUAUUUAAUUAAACGAAAUUAACUUAUUAACACGUUUAUAGGUUAUUUAUAGUACACAGACCCGCCAACAUUAGAGAAAAAGGUCCUUCUUUACAAUCGUUACAUAAAAAAGACCUUUUAAAUAUACGCAGCAAAUUGACGUUUUAGGUUAUCUUUCCUUAUUCAUUAUAUAGUGAGGGAAAGAGAUGGAUUUAUUGACGAAGGUAAAAUAGGACUUUUUAGUAGGUAUCAUUUAAAAUGUAACAGAUUAUAAAUGGUGCUUUAACAUUUUCCAAUUAUAAUGAAAACAUCUAAUGAAAAUAAUAUUAUACUAAGUACAAUACGU